AUGGCAAUGGCAGAAAUGGAAAAACACCCUGACUCAUACAUGAAUGAUGGUCCGUUUAUCAACAAGCUACUUAUUCCAAACGGUAACUUGACUUACGAACAAGUAGCAACACAAACAAUCUCUGUCGAAGAAAAGAAGAUUAUCAAUGAUUUUGUCUACUUGUUGGAGAAAAGCAAACAACUUUUUCAACAGCUAAGGCAUUUACCUCAACAUGGGCACUACAACUGGCAGGUUCACUUCUCCAGAACAUUCGACUGUUUCUCAAAACUGUGGAAGUUUCAGCAGGACCACCGGAGCGUGCUGGACACAAAGUAUGGACUACAACGCUGGCAGAUAGGCGAGAUAGCCUCACGGAUAGGACAACUUUACUAUCAUUAUUAUUUGCGUACCAGUGAUACUAACUACCUGCACGAAGCACUGAUAUUCUACCUGGCUAUUCGACAAAGAGACUAUUACAGCAAAUUCGACAGUGAACAUGAUUACGUUAUAUGUGAACGACCCCUAUUCGGGGUGAACACAGCACACAGCAGAAUACAUGGAAUCAUGGUAAAGAAGCUGCGUUACUAUGCUAGGUUCCUCGUUGUUUCUAUCAUGGUAAACAAGAUGGAUCUUGUUCUGGAACUAAAAACGGAGCUAGCUGUACUGAUUGACGAGCUGUCAGGAGCUCACAUACCAACUGAGGUGGACGAAUGGAAGGGUAUCCUGAACGAAGUGACAGCUUUCAGAAGCGCUCUCUGUCAUCUUACUGUAUCACGGGCGGAUACCUCCGGAGUGAUACUAUCUCACCGGUUGAUCUCAGAGAACAUGGUAUUACCUGAGAUAACACUCUCACCCAACCCUCUUAAACUGCAGCACGCUCUUAUCGUCGGGACUAAGAUAGGACAACCAAAGGUAACAGAACUAUCCCUUGAUAUGUACAGAAUGGGAUCAAUACUAGAGAAGAACCCUAAAUGUCUGUCUCCCCUCAAAAACCCCAUAAAGCAGUAUUUGUACAAGCCGUCUGCAAGUGAACUGAUGUGCAGUUUAUCAGAAAUGGGGAGUAUUCUUCAGAAGCAGAGUGUACAGCUCAUCUACUUAUCAGGUAACAAUUUAGCGUACACGGACAGAGGAGGUGGUCAGGACGCGUACACUAGUGACGGCGGAAUGCACUUCUCUCACAAGAACACUGUCGACCUCAAGACCUCCAGUCGGUAUUCGCCGGAUUUGCUACACGCUGAAGAUAUCAACCCAUUCCUAAGAUACCCAACUCUUCUGAUCGUGGAGGGAGAAGAUAAGUCGUUCUUCAACAGUACUUCAGCAGUGUUCAGGCAGCCUGUAGUGGUGCUGCUCAGUCCUAAACUAAUACCCCAUACUUUAAAAGGUGAUAAGAUAGGCUCUCUGAUGACCCUGUUUCUGCACUGUCCUAUGAUGGCAAUGACACUACUCUGUAAUAUAGACCAAAUAUCAGAUACGCAGUGGAGAAAGGGUUUGGCUAUAAUCAAGGGAUUGCUUGCGGAGAUACUUACUAUUAUAAGUAGCAGCAAGAAUAUACAUUCCCACAUUAUUCAACUAUUAGACGACCCAUUUAUUCGACUGAUCCUGCUCAGAUUCUGUCUAUUCACUGCUGUCCUUCAGAUGCACACAGCUUUCAAGACAGAGGAAUACUACCCGACCUCGCUACCGAGCCUCAAAUUCGCGGAGAUCUGCUCAAAACCCGUCGUGAAGCGAGGAAUUAACGACAUAGCUAACAUUUUGGAAAGUGUAGUGCUUUUCUCUGCACCAUGAAGUGACGUCAUCUUGCAGCAUUGUGACGUCAUCAGAAGUAACUUGUGACGUCAUUUUGUAUUUACUGGCUUCAGAGCACGACGACCCACAGACAAACAGUUCAGAAUGAGAACGAUUAUAGACUAAAUUAAAAUAGGUUUUUGACUACUUCUUGUAGUUGUAUUAUAAUGAGCUGAAAUUUCCCCAGUGUGCUUAUUUCUUUUUGGUCCCCUGCCUUAGCUGGCAUGUAAACAGGGAUUGCCAUGAAGACAGGGUCCUGUUGGGGGCUUCUAAUUAUCAAAUUGUACUAAUAUUAAUAAUUAUAAUUAUAAUUAGAUUUAGUGAUCAAUUUUUCUGCCAGAGACUAAAGAUUUGACUGUUGAAAAUUGUGUAUUGAAUCUAAAUUAACUAGUUUACGCCUAUCAUGCGGAGAUGAAAUGAUAAAAGUUGGCCAUAAGAAAUGGUAAAUUGAUGAUAGGCUUAAUUAUAUCAUGAAACAAUAAUUCUAACCAGCGUUUUCAAUUUGCAGGCAGCUUUUCAGGGAAUAUUAAACCUAAUUAGGAUUAAGAUUUGAUGUUAAUGUAUUUUGCGAAUAUUUGUUACUUGAUUAUUUUCUAUCUGUAUAAAAACGAAAUAGGCAGUAUUGGAUUGUUAAAAUGUAUUAGGUAGUCACCAAUACAUUUUUAGUGUACAGCGUUGAACCCAUGAAAUAAACAAUACUGCGUUGUUUUAAUCGGUGAUUUGAGACCAUUGAAUGUGUCCUAUAUAGUUUAUAUUAUGUAUCUAAUCUUUGUAUUUUAUGUGAUAUGUAAAUAAUGUAAAUGUGAAAUGUAUAAUUUGGUGAUUUAUCCAUUAGAAAGAGUAAUGUGCUCUACAUUCAGUGAUUCAAUACUUUUUCUUCUAUUCAUUUGCAA